CCUUACCCUUAUUCGAGGUUGAAAUGCAACGACUAAGUUUAUUGCUUAUAUGCGCAUGCGUCCUAGCGGCUGCAUCCCGCAUCAACAAUAUAGGCAAGCCUUUCUACUCGUUAGAAGAAGCUGACAUGCAUUUUGACGCAUUUAUUCAAAAGUUUAACCGCAGCUAUACAUCGGAAGCUGAGAAGAAAGCGAGGUUCGAAAUAUUCAAGAAAAGUUUGGAAGAUAUCAAUCGCAAAAAUAUGAAUCCCCAUGAGCGCGCCAUAUUUGGUAUCACACUGUUUGCUGACCUGUCUGAAGAAGAAUUCAUACAAAAGUACACUGGACUGGAUACCUCGCUACACGUGCCUGAUCAUAUAGUAAAAAUAUCAAGACCUGUUGUUAUAAAAGAUCUGCCUGACAGUUUUGAUUGGAGAGAUAAAAAUGUAGUUACACGGGUGAAGGACCAAGGAGGUUGUGGAUCUUGUUGGGCGUUUAGUACUACAGGAACAAUAGAGGGCGCGUACGCCAGAAAACAUUCAAAAUUGCUUUCAUUAUCUGAGCAACAACUCGUCGAUUGUGAUAAAGGUGACAAAGGAUGUAAUGGAGGUUUAAUGACAAGUGCAUUGAAGUACUUAGAAAGUGCUGGUGGGAUUCAAAGCGAAGACUCUUACCGCUACACAGGACAAGAUGACACCUGCAAGUUUGAGCCUGAAAAAGUAGUAGUUAAGAUCACUGGCCAGAAACCCUAUAAUCUUACAGAUGAAGAAGCUUUGCGCCAGAUAUUGGUUUCUGACGGCCCAAUUGCUAUAGGUGUCGACGCUAUUGAUUUCUUCCAGUAUGAGGAAGAUAUAUUAGAACGUUGUAAAGGCAAUAUCAUAAACCACGGUGUUCUAUUAGUUGGAUAUGGAACAGAGGAUGAUAUACCUUUCUGGAUAAUAAAGAAUUCGUGGGGCGCAAUUUGGGGAGAAAACGGUUACAUAAGAGUCAAGCGGGGAAUGAAUGCUUGCGGCCUACUGAAUGAUUUAGCCGUAUCUGCUAUCGUGGCCUGAAGAAGUGACACUAUGUUUUAGUAAUAUAAUAC